AUGGAGACUCCAGAAAUCCCCUCAAUCUGCUCUCAGGAACUCCCCCUUCGACCCCUCAAACAACACAACGACCCAAAAACUGAGCAGCCGAACAUGACUACUCCUUCAGGACCUCAGAUCAGCAAGCCAGUUGAAACGACUCCACCCCAGCCAGAAGCGAAUGCGAAUCAAGAGGAACUAGAGACUAUCCCUGUUGAUCUGGUGGAGCCAAAGAAGAAAAAGAAGAAAACCAACAGACCGAAAAGCAAACGCGGCAAGAACAAACCGACAGGGUUCGAAGAGUACUACGUGGACGCCCCUAUAACACCCGAGGAGUAUGCAGAGGGACGAGAAAUAUACGAUGUGUAUGUGAUCGAUGCCACACUAGGAGAUGAGUCGGCUGACAAGCAGAUCACCUUAUCAAGCUCUCGGCCUAUCAUUCAUCGAAUGGAAGACGCGAUCCUACGCUUUCAGAAGAAGCGGCGCAUUGAAUGUGACAGACGCGAAAUAUUCUUAAAGUACCUGCAAUAUGGAGGCGUCGACAUCAGUCCAAAGAUGUUCACGGGUACAGACCAACGCGAUCUCAAGGAAAUGGACAGUGAACAGAUCCUCCUGGCCAGGGCCCAGACAAGCAUCGCGCAGGAGCAAUCGAACUUGCUCAUUGACUUCGACGCUGUGGUCAAAGGGUAUCUGACAUCCUACUUCCCGUACUACUUCAACCCCGAAACCGAGGACAUGGUCAAGCUGGCCACAGUCACGAUUUGGAACUUCCUCACGUACAUCCUCCACCACGACGUAGUCCCAGAAUGCAAAGCCAACAUCGAGGAAGCCAGGAAAUCCUGCGACAUCGCCAGCAAAGAGCUUUGGAAAAACCAGCAGUUCACAGCCAAAGGACCCGGAGACUUCAAUACCGCUUGCUCUACCCUCUUCGGCGGCGUCUUCUUCGACCUCUACGUUGAAGACGACCAGUGGAACAACAGCAAGGACGAUACAGUGUGCAUGACCAACGAGAUCGCCCGUAAGGUGGUCAAGUUCGCGCUGGCAGGCGCCGGGACCGACAGACAGGCCGUCCGAUUCCAAGAGCUUGCAAACGAAGACGCACUGCGGGCGAUGCGGGUCGAGGACAUCGAUGGCUUUGAAGUCACCGCCAUUAUCUUUCCAGACGACGAGACGAAGGAAUUUUACAAGGUGCACGCUCUAGAUCUGCACCCCGUUGGAAGAAUGCGGGCCAAGGCCUACCGCGACCCCGGCAAGCCCGACAUUGACCUCAGCCCUGAGGAGAGACUGGAGUGGGAAGAGAGCGGUGCACCGGCAUUGGAGUUUGACUUCUUCCUUGAGGAGAGUCUGCUGAAGUUGUGCUAUCCGGGCAUGAAGGUCAUUACAUCGGUUUGGGAACUUAACUGUGGAUUCCAUUACUUCGAUGAGGUGUUCACAGCCUACUGUUCUAAUUACACGGUUCUGGCCAACGAUUUGAUGAUAGGUUGGAAGAAGCCGAAAGAUUUGCGGAUGGGAGAUGAUCGUGAGGCUGAUGAGACUGAUGAUGAGGAAGGCAAGUGUUCAAAGGAAAAGGAAACAGAGGGUGCCCACGCUGUUGAGGAGGUGAUCUGA